CGUCAGGCCGCGUCGCCCUCGCCAACGCCAAUACGCGCGGCGGUCGGCGCGUGUGGCUGCGCAUUGACCGGCCGCGCUGGUUCCCUUGUUGCUUCGGUGACGCGUCGUCCUUCGCCGUCGUGUGCGCGCGCGUGUGUUGUCGUGUGGUUGGGACGCCCCGUGACAAGCGCGGCGGUCCCCGGUGCACACCAUGUGAGGCGAGCAUGCGUCUCGUCUUCGGAGCUCUGCUCGCCGUCGCCCUGUGUUUGUCAACGUCGUGGUUAAGAGGACUGUCGUCGAAGCCAGGAGCAGUAAUGGCAGCAGCAGCAGCGGCAGUAGUGGCGGGUCAGCAAAGUGCGACCGCGCAGCUCGAAACGGAAGCGCCACUGUUGGCGAAGCACGUCUGCAGCCGCUACGAGGUGCGGCUGCGGUGCGACGACGGCGAGCUGGUGGCCAUCCACGACGCAAUGUACGCCAGCCAACCGCCGCCUGACGCGCCACCGGCGAGACCCGGCUGCGGGCCGAUCUACGAGACGACGACGCAAGACGGAGCCACGGUCGCAUCCACUGCGCCAAGCCCGUGCGAGCAGGACCUUCGCCUGGCAAUUAACAGCAGGUGUUCAGGCGAGGUGCACUGCCUGUUCAGCCUGAGCCGGGACCAGGCCGAGCGGCGUUGCAGAGGCGAGGGCUCGCUACUGGUGCGAUAUCGAUGCCUGAACGAGCGCUCGCUGAUGCAAAAGUGCGGCGCGCACGUUCGUUCCCCGACCGAGGGCUACCUGUCGUCUCCGGGCUUCCCGCACUUCUACCCUGCGCUGUCCAACUGCUCCUGGCUCCUGGAGGCGUCUCCGGGACAGACCAUCGUGCUCAGGAUACUCGACCUCUCCAUCAGGCCGCCAAGGCCGGGUGCACCAGGUCCUCUGUUGGGCUCCUUGAGCGAGUCCGACUGCGCCGAGGAUGCACUGAGCGUGCUCGAGUCCGGCCGGCCUCUGCUCGUCGCGUGCGGGGAGUCGCGGCUCAAUCUUCGAACCCUGCGCUCCACGGGACGCCGACUGGUGGUCCGCUUACGCACCAGGAAUUUCGUGCCGGCCCGGGGAUUUCUGCUCAAGUACAAGUUCAUUGGUUGCCCAACGCCGGCGGCUCCCCGACUGGGGUACCUGGUGCACCGUGCUGAGGAGACGGCGCUCUACAAGUGCUGCAAGGACCACAUGUUCAACGACACGCAGGCGGACACCAGGACUCUGUUGUGCCUCCGCGGGAACACGUGGAACGACAGCGUUCCAGAGACCUGCACGCCACGCCUACCCGUGACGUGGAACGAGACCGUUGUGGAAGAGGAAGAGUUGGAACCGCUUCUUCAGGGUCGCAAGGAGCGUGACGAUGAUGACGGAGCUGGUUUUCUCUCCGCACAGUUUCUCGCAGAUGUCCUGGUGCCUUGCUUGGCCAUGGUGUUCCUCCUGCUGGGAAACGCCAUCGUCGUUGUCAUCAUCUUAAAACUAAAAAAGAAGCGACGGCGACGACUGGCCAGCGUUGUCCACCAGCCGGACAUCGCCUUGCUCGUGCCGCCGCAGCCGACCGAACCGCCGCGCUGGAAGCACGGCUGAUCGACGGAACCAGACGAGCCGCGGUCACUGUGGCCGCAUACCGCGGAGUCCGGCACCCGGCGACAACCCACGGGACAUGCAACUCAAGCAGGCGCGAAUGCGCCAUCGAGUACGAGCGUUAUCAAAAUGACGGCGGGCUCUAUCAGGGCCGAAAUUUCAGAGCGAGCGACGGCUUCGUAGAAGAAGUACUCAAGGCGAAUGCCUUUUAUGUUGAUGUCCAGAGGGAAGAAAGGUCUGACAAGGUGGUGACCUCUGAGAGCUACAUUCUUCAAGGAAGACGCUUUGCUAGACGAGAAUCUGCAGAGGCAAUCUCUGAAGAGAAAGGCUUUCGAAGGAACAAGGUCUUGAAGGACGUGGACUCUUAGCUUGGGUGGGAAAAAUUUACUAGAAAAUUAGGCGACGAGUGAUUUCUUUCAAAGACGAGCCUGAUUGCAGACGUCCUCUGAAGGCUGGUUUAGUGGAUCGCGGACCGCUUGAAGAGCCUCUUUUAGGGUUUCAAAAGAAAGUUCCUUGAAGGAUUUUUGCCUUCAAGGCACAUUUUCGGAGACAAGUCGAGGUGUAUAUUUAGAGAAUGCUUGCUUUGAGAAACAGGUCUUUUUAGAGUGAUUAUAAAAUGUCUGCAAGAAGCCGUCGCUAACGGUAGGCGUCCUUCAAGGACACUUCAGUGGUGUCAUAUUGUUGAAUGUCCGCAUCCUUUUAGGACAAGCCUUUGCAGUCAGGACAUAUAUUCUACCAUGUCCACAAAAAGAAUCUCCUGCUAGAGUUACGUCUCCAUGAACAAGAAUUUGGAGGCAAAUCAUUGAAAACGGCCUCAAUGGGCUGGCGUUUGCCAGCUGGUCUGUGCAAAGUCACGUCAUCUGAUUAACCUGCAAGGAGCGAAUCCUUAAACUAUGCAUCCUUCUAUAUCAAGCUCUCGGAGACAAGUUGUUUGAGGGAUAUAUCCUCUAAAGAUAAGGUGUAGGAGAAAAAGCUUCUGUAAAGGCCUGUCUUGCGCUAAAUGUUGUCAACGCCCGAACAAUAUCACGCGUUUGAAGUGGAACUUCAUAGAGGUCAGGAAGCGUUUGGGGUCAGCCAUAGAAGCCAGGCUUCGAUAUUCACGUCAUCACGGCCUCCUCUGUUCUCUGAGGCUUCACAGAGGUUGCGCACCGUGGAGGAGCACGUCAGCUGUCCAAAGUUCAACCACAGCCAUGUAUUGACGACACAAGUGGCGAUACUGACAAACUGGCGCUCGCCUGCCACCUUCAGAAAAGCGCUAAUCAAAUCGUACGUUUUCAGUGAGUGAAAGAAAGCGCAUUCGAACAAAAAUGUACAGUUUCCAGUCAAACCGGUGAUGUCUGGUCUGAAGUCAGCAAUAUUUAUUUCCUCUCCUUGAACUGCGACAUUUAUGAAUUCCUUUACAAACCACUAAGCCUUUCGUACACACGUAAGCAUUUCGCUAUUUCGCAAGUAUUGUUUCUUCGCUACGACGAAUGGGUGACGAUGGCGCGGACUAUUCGUGCAAGCGAUGUUCCACAAAGCAUGAAAUGACAAUCGUUUUCGAUACUCCCCUAUUGUAUGCUGACGAUCAUAAUUAGCUGCACAUAUAUUCUUGAAUUUCCACCCUGCCAGAACGGUGUAGCGAAACUCAUUUUUCUAGGGUAAGCACUUACCGUUUAUAUAAAUUCAUUCGAGAUUUAUAAUCUAUUCCACAGAAAGACAGUAAUAUAAAAAACAUUAUUAAUAAGAAGUCAAUGGUGUAAUCAAGUGCAGAUGGUGAAAGUUGCAAAGUUUCCGAUACGCAUAGAUUGGUAACGUCUAAAGCAGCGUACAUUUGUGGCUGCAAGCUCGAGCUAUACCUGUCAUACAAGGGAAGAACGGUGUAAUUAAGUAGUUAAUGAGGUACUUGAGAAAUUCGCUAGUAUGCAAUGGUGCUCUUAUCGAAUUUGUCCCAUCUUUCCAACUCGGAGUGUAUUUCCUUAUCCUAAAACAUUGACUAUCUAAACGUAGUUUAAGAACAGAAAAUAUUCAUGAGAAGGAAGUUUCUAUAUUUCUUCGCCUAGCAAUGUAAGAAUAAGAAGCCUGCUGAAAAAAAGACCUAUUGGUAGCAUUGCAUUUAAAGUUGAGCAUAUCAAUACGAUCACUUUAGAUAAGUUACCCUCUCUUGAACAUUCCCGAAUACUCUAGGGUAUAUCGGUAGGCUGUGCCGGAAUACUGUAAUGACUAUUUCGUCGUGAUUGCAUUACUUUCUUGUCAUACAUUAUUCACCGAUGGUUGGCUGAUGGUAGUGAUGGCGUAGAAGGUACGCAGCAUGCGGUAUUAACGAUGCGCGCAAAGAAAAAUCCAAAGCUGAAUCCUUACACCAAACGGUCCCGGCGUAGUUCAAGCUGUCUUGAGCACUCGGACGCAGUUGAGCACAGGUCAGCGAAUGCGGAAACUACCGCGUUUCACCAUGGAGGAAGAAAAAAAAAGAAUUAAGAGGAAGCAUUGCUACCAGCCCUGGCAUGCGAACGUUCUGUGCGAUUCAGGUAUGUCGAGUAAACACGCAAGUUUAACCGAAAGCCUUACCUGUCGCCCCAAACGGGAAACUCAACCGGGCGUCCGUCAUAUCGGCGUCCGCCAUCAGCGGCAUCAUUACGAAUCGGGCAAAUUAUCACCACGUGGUGAUGUCACGUAUGGACAAAGGUAGUGUCAUUGACGUCAUGGUAUGUAACAAGGAUGUCACGUGACGUAACGCGCCAUGACGUAGUCUCAUGACAUUGUAGCUUGGUCAAAGGUAGGGUGACCAAGGAAGGAGGCAGUGCGAAACCAGGCGAGAUGGUCGGCAGAGGAAAACUACGUUAGGGGCAUAAGACUUUAAUUAUAGGUUGUCGGGGUAGGAUCAAUACAUAGAUUAAAAGAAAAACAAGAGUUUCGCCUUCUUACUGUCUUAGGCUAUUGCCCAAGGGAUCCUUCGAGCUUUUGCAUCAAGAUCACGCGAAAAAUUAUACUUGCCGAGACUUUACGGCUCGAUGCCCAGCAGUUUUUUGCCAUAGGGGGCUCCAAAACGAAAGAAAACCGGGAGUACUAAUGUUUUGAUAAUGCAUUGAGCCUACACAGUAGGCUUCAAUCACGUGGCGCAGUGCUUCCUCCCUCACUGUUUCUUUCCUCCAUGUGUUCCACCAUUAUCAGGUCUUCAGCCCAUCUUACAGAGCGCAACCACCUGGUGAGCCAAUCAGAACGAACAGCAUGGCGAUUGUCUGACAGUAACGACAAAAAAAAUUGCAGUAUUCGGCACAGCCUCACCUGACCGCUUAUUCUCUCGCUUUUUCCCGCAUCGUGUAUUGUCCAAAUACCCGCAUUCGUUUCUUCAGAGUUGCGGAAAACGAAUCCAGAUGUAUAUCCAGAUGUAUAGGCAAAGCCAUUCCAGAGAACACUACAAUGAUACUUCACGCUACCUCUAGUCGAUUUGUUCGAGCUCUUUAUAUAUAGAUACAUGUAUUUCAAUACACACGUGCAGAUCCGUUCAUUUUAUUCCAUCUGUGACACAUUGUGACGAAGGGUAUGAAAAGAUGGAAGCGUAUAAUAUAUGGAUAUAAUGCAAGUGUUAUGUAGUGCCGCAGGUAGGCGUCGCGAGAGAGCGUUGCCAAGAUCACUCAGUAGAACAAUAAAACCACUUUGUACUAUUGAUA